ACCAGGAGGAGACGCGUGUUUGGAUUCUCAAUGUACGACAUACAUCUUCGAGCUGGUACUGUUAAAACUACUACGAAGUUGGUGCCUUUAAUGCUAGUCCACUUUGUCAGCAAAAACAGAGUUGGUACCAUUAAAAGCGAGUCUACUGUCAUCACUACAGACUUGGUACAGUUAGAAGCCUAACUCCGCAGACAUGGCUGACAGCAGCCGGCCUUGCACAGUGUGGCUUGGUUCGGAGACGGGCAUCCUGAAGGGGGUUAGCGUGUCUCAGAAGAAGGCUUUUAACUUCUGCAACAGUACCCACUUGAGUCGCGAGCACGAGGUGCGCGCCCUCUGCUGGUCCGACCCUGUAGAGACCGAAGUCCUGGUGGCCUCAGUAGACGGAAAUGUUAAGACCUUCAGCGUGGAGAAGGGUGUCUUCACCGACGGCCGCCGCUGCGGGGACCCCGGCGAGGGCUGCUUCGUCGGGCUGGCGGUGCUGAGUGACACCUCGCUGGCGACGUGCGCGGAGAGCGGCGUGCUGCGAGUGUGGAAGGAGGACAGCAGCGAGCCUGCCGUGCAGCUCAGCGCCGGUACCAACGUGUGCCGCAUGAGGCAGAACCCGACCCACCGGCACAAGGUGGCCACUGGCGGAAAGGACACUUGUCUUAAAAUCUGGGACCUGGAGAAACCCGACAAGCCGGUGUUCACCGCCAAGAACCUGCGGGAUGACUGGUUGGACCUACGGCAGCCACACUGGGUCAAGGACAUUGCCUUCAUCCCUGGGUCCGACAAGGUGGUCACUUGCACGGGCUACCAUCAGGUUCACGUGUAUGACCCCUCCUCACCCCAGCGUCGCCCCGUCAUGGAGGCCAAGUUUGGGGAGUACCCGCUAACCGCGCUGUCUCUUCCGGCUACUGGAGGCUUGGUGGUGGUGGGAAACACUCACGGUCAGAUCGCCAUGCUGGACCUGAGGAAAGGUUUGGUCCGAGGCUGCCUGAAAGGUCUGGCGGGUGGCGUGCGCGGCCUGCAGUGCCACGCCUCUCAGCCCGUGGUGGCGUCCUGCGGCCUUGACCGCUUCUUGCGCAUCCACAACCUGGAGGACCGCAAGCUGCAGCACAAAGUCUACCUCAAGUCACGCCUCAACUGCCUCCUCCUUGCCAGCCGCCCCCUGGAGGUUUCCGCCGUGGAUGCCACCCAGGAGGUAAAGGAGGAGGAAGAGGGCAGGGAGGAGGAUGAGGUGUGGGACGCCAUGGAGCAGGUGGAGGAGAAUCCAAAGAGGAAAACAUCAGAGGAGGGAGCAGAGCGGCCGCAGGAGAGCAAGAAGAAGAGGAACAAAGACUAAGGGGCAUUGGGGGGCCUUCACAGCGUGGGACUUUUAAGCUCCAAGCUCAACAGACUGAAACCCACCAGAAACUCUGGUGUCAUUAAUAUGACAUUCUGUCAUUGUGCAGAAGUUCCUCUUUGAAUGCAUCACUUCAACUACUCAUGUUUUCAUAAAGGUUAAGGCAAAAUACUGUAAAGAUUUGUCAGUUAACAAUAUUUGAUAUUUUUACAAUUAAUAACAGCACGUUACACGUGACUUGGCAUGAGGCUUAUCUGACUUUUAAUGGCGCAUAAUAGGCAACCAGAUACCAGACUCAUGUUUGAAAUGGUGUUUAAUACAUGUUAGCAUCACACACAGUAACAGUCAAGGAUGAGUAAAAUAUAUAAUUAAAAAAAAAAAGAUAAGUUCUCCUAGUAGAUGAAAUGACAUCGGGUGUUUUCAGCAGCAGUGUCAGCUUCACUUUCAGACAUUUUAAAUAGUUUGCAUCUUCACAAAAAUCCACCGGGUUCAUGAAAAUGCUAUGAGGUGACUCAAAUGAGGAAAAGUUCCCUUUGUGUAAACGUCAGACGUUAGCUUAUUGGCAAGGCUAAAUAACAUCUUGGUAUAAAACAUGGAGGGAAUUCCCGCCUUAUCAGUUCCUGACAAAAAGUGUGUGGUCCCUGGCACAGUGCAACGUUCAGGUGCAUGCUGCCAGCUUACACUAGGGGUGUCCAAAGUGAGUUUUUGUCCCUCGGCGUAUUGUAAAAAUAAAAUAAAUGUAUUAUUGAGACAUUAUUUAUAGAAUAAUCCCUCGUUUAUUGUGGUUAAUUGGUUCCAGACCCGACUGUGAAAUGUGAAUUUCGGUGAUGUAUGAGUCCUUAUUUAUAAAUUGAAUAUUUUUGCAGUUAGAGCAUAAGAAAUAUGUUUAUGACCUCAGUACAGUUUUUAACAUUAUCCUCUUGACAAGAAAUAACACCCCUACAUACACCCUUAUACGCUUAUUACCAUAUAUAUAUAUAUAUAUAUAUAUAUAUAUAUAUAUAUAUACACACACAGUGGCUUGAAAAAGUAUUCAUACCCCUUGAACUUUCCCACAUUUUGUCACGUUCCGACCACAAACAUAAAUAUAUUUUAUUGGCAUUUUAGAUGAAAGAUCAACACAAAGCGACACACAAUUGCGAAGUCGAAGGAAAAUUGUACAUGACUUUCAAAUUUUUUUUUAAAUAAAAAACUGAAAAAUGUGGCGUGCAAAAGUAUUCAGCCCCCCUGUGUCAAUACUUGGUGGAACCACCUCUCGCUGAAAUUACAGCUGCAAGUCUUUUGGGGGUAUGUCUCUACCAGCUUUGCACAUCUAGAGACUGGAAUUUUUGCCCAUUCUUCUUUGCAGAACAGCUCAAGCUCAGCAAGAUUAGAUGGAGAGCGUUUGUGAACAGCAGUUUUCAGAUCUUGCCACAAAUUCUCGACUGGAUUUAGGUCUGGACUUUGACUGGGCCAUUCUAACACAGAAAUAUGUUUUGUUUUAAACCAUUCCAUUGUAGCUCUGACUUUAUGUUGAGGGUCGAUGUCCUGCUGGAAGGUGAACCUCCGCCCCAUUCUCAAGUCUUUUGCAGAUUCCAGCAGGUUUUCUUCCAAGAUUGUCCUGUAUUUGGCUCCAUCCAUCUUCCCAUCAACUCUGACCAGCUUCCCUGUCCCUGCUGAAGAAAAGCAGCCCCACAACAUGAUGCUGCCACCACGUUUGACAGUGGGGAUGGUGUGUUGAGAGUGAUGUGCAGUGUUAGGUUUCCGCCACACAUAAUGUUUUGCAUUUAGGCCAAAAAGUACCACUUUGGUCUCAUCUGAUCAGAGCACCUUCUUCCACACGUUUGCUGUGUCCCCCACAUGGCUUCUGGCAAACUGCAAACAAGACUUCUUAUGGCUUUCUUUCAACAGUGGCUUUCUUCUUGCCACUCUUCCAUAAAGGCCAGAUUUGUGCAGUGCACGACUAAUUGUUGUCCUAUGGACAGACUCCCCCACCUGAGCUGUGGAUCUCUGCAGCUCUUCCAGAGUUACUGUGGGCGUCUUGGCUGCGUCUCUGAUCAGUGCUCUCCUUCUGCAGCAUGUAAGUUUCGGUGGACGGCCAUGUCUUGGUAGGUUUGCAGUUGUGCCAUACCCUUUCCAUUUCUUGAUGAUGGAUUGAACAGUGCUCCGUGAGAUGUUCAAAGCUUGGGAAACCUAUUUAUAACCUAACCCUGCUUUAAACUUCUCCACAACUUUAUCGCUGACCUGUUUAGUGUGUUCCUUGGACUUCAUGAUGCUGUUCACUGACCAGUGUCCUCUGAGCAAACCUCUGAGGCCGUCACAGAACAGCUGUAUUUAUACUAAGGUUAGAUUACACACAGGUGGACUCCAUUUGAUCAUUAGGUCAACAGCUGAUCAUUCAGCAAUCAUCAGGCAACCUCUGAAGGCAACUGGUUACACUCAGAGAAAAGGGGGCUGAAUACUUUUGCACGCCACAUUUUUCAGUUUUUUAUUUAAAAAAAAAAUUGAAAGUCAUGUACAAUUUUCCUUCUACUUCACAACUGUGUGUCGCCUUGUGUUGAUCUUU